AUGCACAGAACUUUGCUGCAAUCAAUAAGGAGGACGAUACAGAGUCGUGUUUCUGUAACCACCCCUGCGUUUAGAUACUCUGUUCGUGUCCCCGGACAACAAUUUGUGCGUUUCAAUUCAACGAAACCGGAAGAGAAAGAAAGUACAGAAUCAACCACCAAUGCAGCCGAAAAAGAAAACCAGAAACCAGAAGAGCAAACUACAAAUGGAAAAGGCAAUGAAUCAGGUGAACCAGCUGAACAUCCUGAAUUUAAGGAGUUGAAAGAAAAGUUGGAAAAGAAAGACAAAGAUUUGGCUCUUAUGAAGAACCACUAUGCUAAAGCAAAAGCAGAUUUCCGUAGUUUGCAAGAAACUACCAAGAAGGAAGUACAAAGUGCUAAAGAUUUCGCAUUGCAAAAACUCGCCAAAGACCUAUUAGAGUCAAUAGAUAACUUCAACUUGGCAUUGGAUCACGUUAAAGAGGACACUCUCAAAGCCAAUGAAGAAGUGAAGAACUUGUAUGAAGGAGUAGAUAUGACGAGAAAUGUGUUUGAGAAAACAUUACAAAAACAUGGUAUUGAAAAGAUAGAGCCAUUGGGGCAAAAGUUCGAUCCAAACUUGCAUGAAGCCACUUUCGAAAUCGCUCAGCCCGAUAAAGAACCAGGUUCUGUCUUUUUUGUUCAACAAACUGGUUACACUUUGAAUAACAGGGUUUUGAGACCUGCUAAGGUUGGUGUUGUCAAGAGCGAGGAUAAGUAA